CAUUCGACUCACCGUCAUCUGAGGUCCAGCGCCGAGGUUAUCGUCCCAAAACUGCAAAAGAUGAUAUUCAAGCUGCUAAUUAUAUCUGCCUUCCUGGCGAAAAUCAACUCCUUACCAUGCCCGUCAAGAUGCACUUGCUCUUUAGAUUCCAAAGAUCGCAAAGUGGUUGCUUGCGUAAAAGGCGGCAUGACUGGCUCUGUUAACCUGGAUGGUAUAACUUUAGAAACUCAGAUAAUAAAAAUAUCGGCUCCAGAAGACAACUUAAACGAUCUCCAGAUGAGCCCGAUAUUCCAGAGCUACAAAAAACUCGAGGAAAUCCAUAUAACUCGCUCUAAUAUACCUCAACUGGGCCUGCACUUUUUCUGGGGUCUUACUAAGCUCGAAGUCUUAAAUUUGUCGCAAAACAAUAUCACUCAGGCCUUACCGAACAAUUUCAGAGGAUUGGAUAGAUUAAAAGAAUUGUAUCUGGACGAUAACAGAAUACAUUCCUUGCCCAGUUCUUCGUUUCAAUUUUUAAAAGAGCUGAGAUUAUUGUCCAUCCAAAGGAAUAGACUCACCACAUUGGUAAUCAGCUUAUUCCAUAACAUUAACAAGUUAAGAGUGUUAAAAUUAAGUGGGAAUCAACUAGGAGAGCUCAAUCCCGAAGUAUUUGGAGAUAUUAAGGAACUGAGAGUAUUGGAAUGUAGAAACUGUGGUUUACACAAGCUUGAUCCUGCCGUGAACAAGCAACUGUAUCAGCUGACACACUUAGACUUGGGAGAAAAUGAAAUUAAAUCGAUAUUGAACGAAGACAUAAGGGGCUUGCAAAGUCUAAAAAAUCUUAAGCUCGAUGGCAAUCAGAUCCGUGCUUUGUCGGAUUCCACUUUUGUGCACCAGUCGCAAAUGGGAAAAUUAAAUUUGGCCCACAAUGAAAUCGCUCGCAUUUCCGCGAACGCUUUUCAAGAUUUGCAUAAUUUUAGCGAACUUAACUUGAGUCACAACAAGCUGGAGAGCCUGGAAAACGGAUCCUUGUCUCCGAUUGCCAAUACGCUCGAAGUGUUGGUGCUCAGCGGCAACCACAUCAAGCUUAACACGUUGCAAGACCUGCUUACCAUUAGACUGAAGGAACUCCAUUUAUCUCACUGCGAUAUUGCCGAUAUUCAUCUACAGAUAUUUCCAGAUAGUUUAAACGUACUCGAUUUAAGCCACAACCGCCUAUCAGACCUGCCGAUCGAAGUUAUCCCGUCCAACCUCACCACCCUCGAUAUAUCCAGGAACAUGUUUCGUGGACUCAACGAAGAGAUCCUUUUGGUUUUGGACAACGUUCGUAAAAUUAAACUUGAUAAGAAUCCUUGGUCCUGCGAUUUAUGCCACAUAGUUCCCCUAUUAGAGAAAUCCAACAAGACAGGAGCAUACAGGGAUGUUGUUUGCAUGUAUCCUUAUACCAUGAGCAACAAGAAACUUGCUAAUGUGGAACGAAGCGAGCUCACUUGGUGCACUGCCGCUAGCUACAACUCCGGUGAUGCCAAUUUCUUCUUUCUGGGUGAAGACGGUAGAGUUGGUAUUGUAGCAGCUAGUAUGUCCGUCUGUCUAUUAUUUUUAACAGUUUUGGUUAUAAUUGGAGCUUUAUGCUAUUCGAGAAGACAUGCUGCCAAAUAUUACACCCAUGAAGACAAACUAGCCAAAGAAGGAGAAUCAAUACUUGAAAACAACCACAGUCCUUUAUUCUGCGAUAGGGAGUUAACCUUUAGCUUCCCAGGGGAUAAAAAAAUAUCGAUAUCGACGAUAGACGAGAUUAAAAAGGAGCAUGCAAUCACCAACGGUACAUGAACAGAUGUUUCAAUGAGUUUCUCAUAAGACUGACUGUAACUAUUUUAUCUUGUGUGGAACAAGGCCUAAUAUGAUUAGUUUCUAGUGUUUUUGUGCCGAAAAAGAGAGAGAAGAAGUUUAAACAAAUUCAAAAACGUUUAUUAGGUCUGAUUAAAUUUUGAUUUUCGGGACCAUACCACAUUCCUUUUUUACAUUACAUCACGCCGGUGAUUAUCACCGUAGAAUUAUACUUUUAUAUUUUCUAAUUUUAUUACAUAUCAAUAGUUCAUUAUAAAUUUCGCCAAAGUUAUAUUUACAAAACUAUUUUCACUUUCAUUUAAAAUAAUUCUGUGCUGUGAAGUAGCUAAACGCAAUUUUAUAUAAAAACUUGAUUAGAAAUGCUAUUAAUCUGUAGCCGGCCAUGUUUAAAUCUAUAUAUUAAAUUUCCUAAAUAGAAUUUAAUAUUUUUAAUGAAUCUUCCGCUUUAAGCUAGAAUAAGACUUAAUUAUUAAGAAUUUAAUGGUAAAAAUUGAUGUUCACCUGUUUUUAAUACUACCGCACGAAUUUUCGUAUUUUUUCGUAAAUGUCUAUACAGGGUGCUCUAAAAAUAUUUAAGGUUCAUUUAUAAAUUAAAGAGUGCCCUGUGUAUAUGUAAAUAAUAUUAUUUGUAUUAUAUUAGUAAGGAGGUACUUAAAGUACUUAAUUAAGGCCCUAAUAGUAAGUUAUUACUGUGUGAUUUUAUACUUAAGGUUUCUAUUUUAAAUAAGCUUUUACAAUUUUUCAUAAUUUUGAAAAUUAUAUUAUAAUAAAUCGAUAUUUAUAAAUUAAUAUACAUAACUA